CGAAAUUCAAGAAUUGUUUUUGUUGAUGUAGAUUUCAGUAGAUUUCAAUUUGUUAUUAAAAUAGAUGCUUUUCUAUUAAAAUGGAAACAGAAACAUUUAAUAUUUACGGGAAAUGUAGAUUUUGUAACAUUGAAGGCAGCCACAGAGACCUUAUGAAAGAAUACAUCCAAAAUGGGUAUCGCGAAGUUUAUUCCGAUAUUUUUCAAGAAUGUUUCAAUUUAUACCUAUGCAUAGUAUCAAAACAGAGUAGAUUAAUAUGUGCAACAUGCGUGAAACAUCUGCGGGAAGCCAAUACCUUCCGAACCAUGGUCAUAAGAGCAGAGCAGGAUCUAGUAGCAGCGAUGAGCAAGGAGCCAGUGUUUAUAAGUAUGAACGACAAUGAUAGUGACUGGAAGAAACAAAAUCAAGAUGUGAAACCAGAGGUUAAAGUUAAAUUGGAAGGCGAGGACUCUGAUGAUGGUGAUGAUGAUGAUGAUUAUAUUCAAGAUGAUGAUAUUACUACCUCCAGUACACUAUUGCAAAAUAAUGAUGAUAAUAUGGUGCCAGGGGAAGCGGAACUAUUAUCUAGAUUUCCCAAGAACAGUUUAAAACCUUUGCCAACUAGAGCUACCCUCUUCCAUACUUGUGACAAUUAUGUCAAACAUUUGGAUUCUUUGAAAGGAAAACUAAUAAAUGCGAACACGAUCAAAAACCUCUUAGAACGACAGCGGAAAAGUUCGUCCAUGUAUUUGACGGAAAAGAUGGCGCUCGUCAACAAUAUAACAAUAUUGCUGGAACAUUCCAACAUGGCGCCGUUCAAACCGAAAAGAAGAUCUGGUAUACUCUGCUAUUAUUGUAGAAAAGAAAUCGAUAGCUUUGAGAAACUCCAAAAUCACCAAGACUCAGAAAACUGCAAGGGUCUCAUGAAGAAAAUUCUAACCAAAUUCUCCGCGGAGAGCUUCGUUGUCUAUGCUCAUGUGUCGGAUUUAAAAUGUACAAUAUGUAACGAAAAUGUGGAGAAUUUAAACGGUUUAAAAACCCACUUGAGCAGCGCGCAUAAGAAGAAAAUAUUCACGCAAUACAGCGACAGAAUCGUACCUUUCAAGCUCAUAAAGGGCAACGAAUUUCAAUGCCAAAUCUGCGGGUUUAACUUCGAAACCUUCGGAUCCAUAGAACGUCAUAUGAACGUUCAUUAUAGAAACUUUGUUUGCGAACAAUGUGGCGCGGGUUAUAUGACGAAAAAGCGGCUAAAAGUCCAUUGGAGAUACUCGCACGAAAACGGUUCGUUUCCUUGUGAUUUGUGCAAAAAAGUGUUCCCCUCCCAACACAAGUUCAACUGCCAUAACAGUAUAGUGCAUCGAUCUGUCAAGAAAAAUAAGUGUACAAAGUGUCCGUUACGUUUCGCGGAUUAUUUUAACAAGCACAAACAUAUGGUCGAAGUGCACGGUGAGCCGCCAUUGCAAUAUAAGUGCAAUGUUUGUGACGCGGUAUUUAGGCGGCGAUACGCUUUGUCGUCACAUGUCAAGCGACGCCAUCUUGAAGUACGUGACGUUCAGUGUGAAAUGUGUGCGUAUAAGUGUUAUACGGGGACGGAAUUAAAAGUGCACAUGAUAAAACAUGUCGGGGAGAGGACGUAUCAGUGUAGUGUUUGUAAAAAAUCGUAUGCUAGGAAGAAAACUUUAAAGGAACAUAUGAGGAUACAUGCGAAUGAUAGGCGGUAUGUUUGCGCGUUGUGUGGACAGGGGUUUGUGCAGAAUUGUAGUUUGAAAGGACAUAUGCGGGCGCAUCAUGCUGAUGUAGAGAAAAUUUGAAUGUUUUUUCGCGAUUUUUCUCAAGUUUGUCGUACCGCACAUACCUACAUGGUGUCCCAAGAAGUAGUGAUAUACUGUAGAAUGGAAAAAAAACUAAACUCCGAAAAUCCAAAAAUUGGCUUAACAAAUAUGGGGGUGAUUCGGAUAGCCCUCUAGGGCCUCUACCUCCCAGCUUCAGAAUAUCACUUCUUCUUGGGACACCCUGUAUACUUUAUGGACCCUCUACACAAUGGGCACCGUCGGGCGAGAAGAUGCAACCACGAUAGUGUAGAGGUUAAUGUCUAUGAACUAUGAUCGGCCGUCGUUGUAGAUGUUUUCUCAUAAUCGCCGAAAUGGCGGCCAACAUCGACAAUCAUUUGUCAGAAGUGAAACUUCUUUGACAAGAUUCAAAAAUAUCAAAAUCGCCCCCUUAAUCCAUGACGUGACGGUAUUGCCAUGACGCCACCUUGAAAUUUUACUCUCAACGCGCCUAAAGAAGUCUCACUUCACUAAUUCGAAUAUAUUACUUAAGUACGAAGUUCUCAACGAUUACGAUAUAAGGGUGCUUUUCCACCAAUAAUGUGCGAGGAUGGGUAG